UUGACAGAUUGCCAACUGAGACAUGGCACCAACUACCAGCUGGUCACCUACAUCGAGGACACCAACGCGCGCUCCGAUGGCACCCUCUACUUCGUUUCCAUCAAGACACCAGCCGGCACCUCGAAUGGCUUCACGGACUUCCCCAUCAUGGUGGGCAACACCACUGAGAACAACGUCUCGUUGCAGUUCACCGCCUCCCAAACGACUGGAAGUGCCUGGAUCAUCGUGCUACCCUCUGGAGACGUCAGUACCGCCACAGCCACCUCAGUUAUGGCCGGAACUGGUGCCAUGGGUGGCACCCUCUGUCAGUUGCAGAUGACCAUUGACAACUCUCAG